AUGAGUGGUCCUUCUGUUCCCACACGGGGCGGCAAGGUCCGUAGUGCCUGCGAUUUAUGCCGGCACAGAAAGAUCCGCUGUGAUGGAGUCAAGCCGGCCUGCGAGACGUGUCAUCUUGCGGUUGUGCCUUGCACGUUUACUACGACCCCGUCAGAAUCUCGAAAAAGCACCCGAGAACAGCUCGCCGACGCGAAUUCAAAGAUCCGGGCGCUCGAAUCUUUGAUUGCAGCCCGAGAUAAUCUCCAGAGACUUGGUCAUAGCGCCCCCGGGCAAGCUUUGCACCGAACCGGUAUAUCUCUGUCCCUCGGCGAUUCGUAUUUGCUGGAUACACACCAUAUCGAGACGGCCCUGGCCACGUUUCGCCAGCACAUUGCUUACUGUGGCCCCGGAGUGCCCUAUUUCAGCUUACGCGCCUACUUUUACUCUUCCGUCAGCGAACGCACUGGCUCGGAUUUGAACGUUGAUUUGUUCUUGCAACAAUUGGCUGAAUCAUAUACAUCACAUCACCACGUUGAGGAAAUAAGACCCAUUCCUCCAAAAUGGCCAACGCCAGAGUUGAUUCAACAAUGCAUAAACCAAUUCUCCAGAAGUGGCCUGUACUCGGUGUUUCCUAUCGUCGAUGUCGCCAUUCUACAGAAAUUGUUGAACGGGGGUAUUAUGGACAACUCAACAGAACCGAACCACGCAGCUAACCGUGCUUGUCUCGUUGCUUUUACCGCUCUGGUGACUGAACUACAUCGCCUUGAACCGGCUUUUGCCAACGCCGACCCCGACGCUUAUCUCCAAACUUCUUUGAGUCUCCUCCCUAAGCUGCUGAUGGAACCGCCUGAUAUGAGAACCCUUGAGACUGUCGUAAUCAUAAUGGUCUAUAUCUUCCCCAUUGGGCACGCCCAACCCGCAGGAAUGAUGCUUGCAAUUGCAGCGCGAAUUCUCCACAGUCUUGGCGGGCACAGAACGAGACAGCUUGAUGAGUCGGAAGACCAUCUUCCCCAUCGAAAACAUUUGCCGGCGCUCUUCUGGCUUUGCUACGGGUUUGACAAGGAGAUGUCCAUUCGAUAUUGUAUAGCGCCUGUCAUGAACGAUCCCGACUGUGAUUUGGAGCUCCCCGAAAAUUAUGUGAUGAGGUCUUCAGACUACCAAUUCCUUCAAAAGACUUUAUCCUCCGAUGAGCUUCUUUAUCCUUCGGAUCUCCGACUCGCCAUGAUAAAGUCCAAAAUUUACCGCCUUCUUUAUCAAGACGAUGGCUACACACAGGAUGAAGCGAGGCGACUUCAGCAUAUUCGGGAGUUAGAUCAAGAACUUAGUGAUCUGAAAUCAAGCUUCCCGGUGGGGUUCCAGCCUGACGCUUUUGCGACCGAAACCGCGCCAAACUACAUGUUCCACGAUCUCAGUUUGCGAGGAGUUAAUCUGCACCUCGAAUAUUAUUUUUGCCUGGGCAAAAUCCACGAAGCAAGCAGUGCUUGUGGAGUCCCUUCGCCCAAUAGCUGGUUUCCCCUGCCCUCGAGUGUGGAGAUUUGGUCCCAGGCUGCCCGAUCUACACUGCUGUACGUCAGUCGGGCGCGCGAGUUCUUGAACUGGCAUACUUUUUGGCUUCACGCUCAGUUUAUUCUUACAGCUGUUCUGUCGCUUUUCUGCUACAUGAUUACAUACCCGACCGCACCCACUUUUUCGAGGGACAUCCAAAUUCUACAAGAUACGGUGAAUUUAUUUGCCGACCUCCAUCGCAAGUCUCAUGAAACUAGAUGCUUUCCACCAAUGUUCUUUACCGAGGCUUUUAUUCAGAGGCUUGUUUUCUUGGCCCAAGAGGCCCUGGUAAAAGCAACGGGGCAGCGAUCAUAG